ACUUUUUGCAAGUUCUCAAAAGACCACGCAAAGAACAAUUGGCAUUAAUUAACUAUAACUAUGUAGACGAAUAAAAUCGAUGCAUUGAUUAUUUGGCGCUGACCGCCUAGAACCAAGUUUUUUGGGCCUGCGUGUGGCCGGAACUUGGCAUUCCAGCUCCGGCCAAUGUCCGACACGAAGCGCAUUGUAACCGAAUUCGUGUAUUGCCUGCUCCUCAGAGGUGGCAAGAUGUCGCCGCCCGUGCUGUACUACCUGCCGCCCAGUCCGCCCUGCCGCAGCAUUCUGCUGCUGGCCAAGAUGCUCGACAUCGACUUCGAGCUGAAGAUCGUCAACAUCCUGGAGGGGGAGCAGCUGAAGCCGGACUUUGUGGCCAUGAACCCGCAGCACUGUGUGCCGACCAUGAACGACGAGGGUCUGGUUUUGUGGGAAAGUAGGGCCAUUCUCUCCUACCUGGUGGCUGCCUACGGCAAGAGUGACGAACUAUAUCCCACGGACAUAAGAGUGAGGGCUUUGGUGGACCAGCGCCUCCAAUUCGAUCUGGGCACCCUCUACAUGCGACUCACGGACUACUAUUUCCCCACAAUGUUUAUUGGAGCCCCCUUGGACGAAGGAAAGCGAGCCAAAUUGGCGGAGGCUGUGGGCUGGCUUAAUUCGAUCUUGGAGGGCAGACAGUUUUCCGCCUCCGAUCACUUCACCAUCGCAGAUCUCACACUUUUGGUGACCGUUUCCCAGCUGGAGGCCUUCGAGUUUGAACUCCGACCCUAUAAACAUAUCCGCCAAUGGCUCGAUCGCUGCAAGGAUCACAUGGCGCCGUUCGACUACGAGGAGCUGAAUACCAACAAGGCCAACAUGCUGGCCGAUAUGUUCAAGGCCAAGAUGAACCAAUCUGCGGGCUAGCAGUUCUCUUCAAUCCGUGUUAUGGUAGCAAACAAAUAUUUUCUAUAUAUAGUAUCAGUUGUGUAAGUGUUGUAUCAAAUAAAUGAAUUAAUUGUUCUGCAAGCAAGCUCGU